GUGUUUACAAUUCGAUAAAGACUCCGUGCGGGAGGAACGCACUUAUGUAAUGCUGAGUCUCUGCAGGUGUUCCUCCUGAGAGAUUCGCGGGUUGCUCAAGAAAAAUACGGCAUAAAGUUUCCACUAGUGGUCAGAGAAAACUCGGAGCUGCUGCUUUUACCACGAAGUUUUCGUUGGAGUUUGUUGAGCGGUUUAAUUUUCAUUGGCUUUUACUUAGGGAAGGCUGCCUUUCAGGUUUUGGGCUGGGCCCGGUGGUACAGGUUCAAGGAAGUCUGCGUCUGCGAGAAAAACAGAGCUCUCCCUAUCUGACUUUACUCACGUUCAGAGAAUUUCAUUCUUUCUGAAGAUAACUUGAUGGGAGUUUAAUACAUCAGUCUUAAUGACUGAACACAGCCUAAAUUCUACAACUGAGGAUGAACAGAAGACUACAAGAACUCAUAAUAAAAAAGAUAAUAAAAUUAUUAAUUUCAACUCAGAGCCAGAAAAUGCAGGGUUGGAAGAAAAGACGAAGAAAAAUGGCAAGUCACUUAAUCAACAGUUACAGUCUCUGAACCUGGACGCAGAAAUCUUUGAAACUAAAAAGAAAACUGGUCUAACAAGAUCAAAGACUUAUGAUGCAGUCUUUACAUCCGGUUCUACAGACUAUGAAACAAAGCUUGAAAGAAAAAAACAUUCCAAUCCUUCGAAGACAAAUGCAACUUAUCAUAAGAUCUUUAAAGACAUUGAAAAGGAUGAAUCAUUAAAACAAAGUUUUACUUGUGCUUUACAAAAGGACAUUCUAUACCAAGGGAAAUUGUUUGUGUCUGAAAACUGGAUUUGUUUUAAUUCCAAAGUCUUUGGAAGAGAUAUAAAGAUUACAAUACCUACCUUUUCUGUGACUCAGAUUAAGAAACACAAAACUGCUUUGCUGGUGCCAAAUGCUUUAUGCAUAUCAACUGAAUUUGAAAAGUUUAUGUUUGUUUCAUUGCUGUCCAGGGAUGCAACCUACAAGCUUCUGAAAUCUGUUUGUUUACAUCUAGAGGAGCGAUCUGAUGAUAUCAGUCCAAAUCCACCCCUUACUGAAAAUAAUCUCAGAGCUGAGCGCCCAACAUCUUUGCCUAUAGAUUUCAAUAUAGAGGAUUUGACAGAUUUUCCAACCGUAUGCAGAAGACGGGAAUUGGAGCAAUUCAGCAGUUCUGGUUCUCAGACUCCAGAGUCAGAAAAUUCCCAAGAAUUUAACAGCACAAGCCAAGCGUUAUUGAAAGUGGACAAGAAUGCCAUUCCUGUGCGUGCUGACGUUCACGUAGAAGAGAUAGCUGAUUUGAGGAGGAGCUAUCAUGACAGCAGACAUUCGGUGGUGUGGGGUUUAUUACAUAAAGUAAGAGUGAAUGGUGAACAGCAUCUGUCAGUAACUACCUUACUGGUGCUUUAUCUGGUCUUAGUCAUUGUGCUAGUCCUUUCAUCUUUCUAUAUGGGCAUAAAGAUCUGUGCUUUGGAGCAGCGCCUAGCUUCACUGGGAGCUCUGCCAGAAUAUCAGGCACACCACAAAGAUUCCUUCAUUCAGCAUGACAUGGGUUUACCAUACCAAGUCAAUACUGAUGUCAUCUAUGAUGAAUUAAAUGAAAAUCUUGCAAAGCUGGAAAAGAUACAGAAGAAUCUGCAAAAGCUUCUUGAAGGAACUGAAUGAACUUCUGUGCUUCCAAUCAUCAGUACAUUUUGUGCCCAGCAAGUCCAUAAAUCUCUGGAAUGUAAAGUGAACUCUGCAGGACAGAGUGAAGAUUGUUAAGCUCCAGUCCUAUAUUUAAAGGAAUUUUGCAUUGCCUUUCGGAGGAAAUAUGCAAGUUAUUUUCCCUUACAUGUGAAAAAAAAAAUUCCAUUGACCAGCAAGUCCUUCAUUUAGAAAUUAAACUUUUGCAAAGCAAUACUCAAAGUUGAAGGGCCUUUAUGUACUUCCACUGUAAUGUAUUUUACAAGAUGCCAACCAGCUAAAAGUAGUUGAGCCAUUGGCUAUGACACUUCAUUAGGGUUAUUAUGAAUAAAGUACAAUAUAUGCAAUAUCCCUUUGUCUAAUGAUGCAAAAUAAACUUUGGACAAGUUAGAAAUUGCUUUUGUAGUGCAGAAUUUUCCAAGAACAUAAAAAUAUUUUUUUACCUUUGGUGUCUGAGCAUUGGAUGGUUGAUCACAUUAGCAAUGUAGAGGGAAAAAAAAAUCACAGACAGGCAUGGGAGGACAAAAUCCUUCCUGUCUGAUUUCCACCUUGACACCAUGCUUGGGCUCUGAGGAUUAAAAUCCACCCCAGUGCUUCAGAUUAGUAGGUGCAUUGCACAGUGAUAUUAAAUGCACUAUAGACAUUACUGAGUAAAUGUACAGCUAUUGCAAUCCGCUAUUUAUACAUUGUAACUGAGAUCUUAAAAUUUUGGAUUUAAUUUCACUUGUUUUACAAAUAAAGUUUUGGCAUACUAAAAUUUGUACUAUUCUUUCACAAGGUAGGUAGGCAUUAUUGUACUCUGUACAUAGAAAUGACAUUCAUCAAGUUUAUACAUUAAUCAUUGCAAAACUAAUGUUGAAUUACAAGUUUGAGGAGUGAGCUGGAUUGAUGUGUCAUGAGCAGAGGGAAAGCUUGUUUUAAUUAAUAUAGGAUUGUCAUGUAAUAAGAUUAUGUGCAAAUCUUUUGUUUUAAUGAGUUAAUUUUGAGUUAAUAAUAGGAUCUGGGCAAUGCCAUCAUUAUGAACCAAGAAAAAUUUCAGUAACAUUAAUGCAGAAGUACAUUUACUUCUGAGCAACAACCAUGGAUUCCAAAACACAAUUUUUUUGGGCCUACAUAAACAGGUUUUUUCUUCCCUAGCUUUAAGUUUAUCUAGUCUAGCUUAACCUGAGAAAUUUGGUCCCAUUUUUCUUUUCAUGGAAACACAGUACAAGGAUAAAGUAGGAAACAUUUUUCAUAUUGGCAAAAACCUUUAAUUCUGGACAUGAAGGUCUCUAGGCUCUCAAAAAGAGCAUGUAACCAAACUUAAAUCAUGGAAUCCGAUUUGAAAAUUGCUAAUUGGUUAAUCUGAAGAACCGAACCAAUUUAUACCUGAAUGUGUUAAAUCCUCCGAAUUCUUCUCCCAAGUAUAGUUUCCUAGUCAGCAUAACAAAUUUUCCCAACCUCACAAAUCAUAAUCCAUAUAUAACCUGUAUUCCUCAGCCUAUUUUAAUACUUGAAGACAAUUAAUGAUUUGGGCCUUUAGUUUAAAUGGCUAGAUAUGGCACACAUUUCUUUACCCUGUGAGGUUCUAUGAUAGCCCACAGAUCUGUUCUGUAAUCUGCACCAACCUGCAAGUAAUAGAAACUGAGGCCCUCCCUGAGGCACUGUCCCUGUUGACAAAUUUCACAUUUUUUAAUCACUGUUCAAAAGCAAUAUCUUAAAAGUUUAAGCAAGUUUUUACAAUAAAUUAAAUGUACUAUAAAGUGAAUGUUUAGUUUAUUAUUAAUGAAACUCCCUAACCCCAUUUAAUUAAAUAUGGUCAGUGUUUGUCAGCCAUAGAUGAGAUAAAACCAGAGGCUAAGUUUGUGAUACAUCCAGCCCAGUAUGAUGUGAAACUGCUUUAGAACUCAGGUUCCAGAAGCAGAGUGAAAAGUCAUGUAUCAUCUGGUUUUGGCACCUUGUCUGCUCUGUGGCAGAAAACUACAAACAGAGUUGCUGCCCACACAGGAGCACAGCCUGGCACAAUGUGUUCUAAUCAUGCAAUUUGUAUCUUGCAUCAUCUACAUAAAGGAGGUCUAAUUCUAAUAAAACAUCUUCUGUUAUAAUAAGGUAAAACGUUGCAGCAAAAGCUAUAAAUUGAAGGAUUUUGAUUCUAAAACUUCAACUGGAGUUUUAAAAUUAAUUUGACCAAUUCUCAAUUAGUCAGGUUUAUUAUCACUGACAUAUGACAUGAAAAUUGUAUUUUGGAACAGCAGUACAGUGCAAAGACUAGGAUCUAUAAAAUACAGAAGUAAAUAUAGUGCCAAAAAAAUAAUGAGAUAGUGCUAAUAGAUUUCAUACUUUGUAAUCAUUUAAAAAUGCAAUAAAAAAAGUUUAAAAAAAAAAAUCUGAUGGUGGAGGGGAAGAAGCUGUUACUAAAUCAUUGUGUCUUUAAGUUCCUGUACCUUCUUCCUGAUGGUCGUAAUGAGAAGAGGGCAUGUCCCAGAUUUUGAAGGUCCUUCAAGAUAGCUGCCACCUUCUUAGAGCACUGCUUCUUGAUGUGUUCGAUGGUGAGGAGGGUUCUGCUUGAGGCAGAUUUGAAUCUACCACCUCCUUAAUAUCCUGUGCACUUCAGCCUCCUUACAAGUCUGUGAUGCAACUAGUCAAUGUUCUCCUUUCUAUAUAGAAACUUACAAGAGAUUUUAUUGUCAUUCCCAAUUUCCUCAAACUUGUAAUGAGAUAGAACUGAUGACUUGUCUUUUUCAAGAUUGCAUUGAUGUGUUGGGCCCAGGAACUUGAAGCUGCUUGCCCUUUCUGUUGCUGACCCCUCAAUGAAGACUCGGUAUGUUCUGUUGACUUCCCCUGUCUGGAGUGCAGAGCUGUUUGAUCUCGCCGAUGUGUGCAAGCUUGUUGUGACACCACUUGAUUAGCUUUAUUUGUCACAUGUAUGUCGAAGCAUACUGUGAGAAGCAUUAUUUGCAUCAAAUCAAAUCAGUGAGGAUUGUGCUGGGCAGCCUGCAAAUGUCCAUAAGGCCUUCGCAGAAUUAGGCCAUUCAGCCCAUUAAGUCUGCUUCUCCAAUCUGUUAUGGUUGAAGUGUCGCCAUCCUUCCAGUGCCAACAGCACAUGCCCACAACUUGCUAACCUUAACCUGUUGAGUCUUUGGAGUGUGGCAGCAAACUGGAGCAGCUGGAGGAAUCCCACCUGGUCACAGGGAGAAAAUAUAAAUUCCUUCCAGACAGCAGUGGGAAUUGAACCCUGAUCUUGCAGCAGUUGGCCAAGUAUUGCACUAACCACUACAGUACCAUGCCACCCCAACCAGUCAAUCCAUCUUAUUUUUGUAUGCAGUAUUCUUUGUCACCACUUGACAUUUCGCCAACAAAUAAUGUCAUCUGUUAACUUAAAGCAUUUUAACUGUGCUUUGCCUCACAGUCAUGAGGGUAGAGAGGAAAGCAGAGGGCCAAGUGCACAUCCUUGAGGUGUGCCUGUGCUGAUUGUCAGGCUGAAGAUGUUAUUACCUACCUGUAUUGAGUGGUCUUUCAAUAAGGAAGUCAAGGAUCCAGUUACAGAUAGGUAGAGGCUGAGGUUUUGAAGCUUCGCUAUUAGCACUGACGAAAUAGUGAUGUUGAACACCAGCUUAUUAUUGAUAAACAACAGCCUGAUGUAUGUAUUGCUGUUGUCCAGGUGCUCUAAAGUAGAGUGAAAAGCCAGUGAGAUCGUGUCUACUGUUGAUCUGUUGUGGUGGUAGGCAAAUUGUGCUGGGUCCAGGGCCUUGGUCAAGCAGGAGUUAAUUCUAACCAACCACUCAAAGCACUUCAUUAUGGUAGAUAUGAGUGCGACUGGCCAAUUGUCAUUGAGGCACCCUGCACUUCCUGGGCACUGGGAUGAUUGCUGCCCAUUUGAAUCAGGUGGGAAGCUUAGAGCGCAGCAGUGAGGGGUCGAAGACGUUCCUUAAUACUCCAGUUAGUUGGUCAGCACAGUUUUUCACUUCUCUGCCAGUUGCAUCAUCAGGGCCCAAUGUCUUGAGGGGUCACCCUUUUGGAGGAUGUUCAGACAUUGGACUCCCAAGACAGAUCAUAGGGUCACCAGAUGCUGCAGGUGUAGUGUCGUUCUCCCUUUCAAAGUGUGCAUGAAAGGCAUUGAGUUCAUCAAAAUGUGAAACUUCACUGUCAUUUAUGCUGCCUUGAAAUAAUGGCAUGUAAACCCUGCAACAGCUGAAAUGCAAAUAAUUAUGUCUCUAGCUUCAGUCAGAGUUGUCCUUUUGCUCUUACGAAAGUCAUACCUCAACUUGUAGCAUUCUGGAUUAAUAGUCUUGAGUGGCACAGAUCUAGCUCUCAGCAGACUGCAGAUCGCUGGGCUCAUCCUAGGCUUCUGGUUUGGGAAGACAGUAUGAUUUUGAUGAAGGAUCUCAGAGUUGAAAUGUUAACUUUUUUUUUUCUACAAAUGACGUCUGUCCUACUGUUUAUAGAACGCCCUGUUUUUAUUUCAGCUUUCUAGUAUCUGCAGUUUUCUGAUUUUCUCUUUUAAGAAAUCUCAGCUUCUGUUUAUCUCCUGACAAUAGUAACUUUGACAGCAUAUCAUUAAUGAGCAGUUAAUAUUAGUUUUUGACUCAUCCUGCCAGAUAGCGAUACAUUUCACUAUUAGAAUUACAUGAGUUCAGAAACAGGUGUUUUAUUGAAGAAUACCUGAUUAGGAUUUCAUUUUCAUUAAUUACUCUUAACAGGUAUCCUACAAAGAGAAAAUGGAAAACCAGCCAUCUGUUGGCACAUAUCACUUUGUGAGAUGCACUUGGCUGUACUAGCAGUGUGUGUUCAUAAACACCUGUUAUACCAUCUGUUUGAAAUAACUCUAGGCAUACACAUUAACAGUCAAGAAGCAUUUUGCUUAUCAAGUUCAGUAAAUUAAAAUCAUUUCUCCCUUUGUUUUAAAUUGUUGGAUACUACAUUAGAACUCAAGCAAUCAAAUAUACAACAAACAAAUGGGAUUUUUGCAUUGUAUUGAUUAACAAGCAGGUUGGACUGUCAUGAUUAAUAAUUUGUUAAUUAGACCGGUGUAUUAGUGCUUCAAAGUGGUUCCAAAAGGAUGCCAGGCCCAUUGUGAUUUUCUCUUCUAAUAGGAAGAGAAAAGGAAUCUGAAUCUGAAGAUACAGAAAAAAGCUUUGUUGGGAUCCAAGCCGAAGCUGGUUGUGCUCCAUUCACUGGGAAUUACACAUUGGUUCAAGGACACUGACAAAAUAUCACAUUUUAGCAUCUUUUUGAGUAAAUAUAGAUCUAAGCUCUUGAACGUAGGUAUCUUUUACAUAGCAGUACAAAUGUGCACGCAUUAGUUCCUGCAGGUUUGCUUUUCGAUCCACCAUUGUUUGGCUCCUAUUACAGUUUAUUUUAAGUAUCAUAUUCCAUAGAGAAUUUCUGGCUCCUUAGUGACUACAAUCACUAAUGUUUCAUUUUUAUGCUAAGCUCUAAUGAUUGUGACAUCUGAGGUUUUCUUGCAGCCUUUGUAGUUUCAUGAAACUCAAUACAGAUUGAAGAUGCUCAGAAAAAUAGAGAAGAUGUCAGGGUGAUUGCUUUGAUCCUUGUAACUAAAGUUAACAUAUCCUAUAUAGGCAGGCUGAGUGUUUUGAAAUUUUUUUUAAACAAAAAGACCAAACUAGGCUUCCACAGUAAAUGUUCUUUAUUUCAGCUGUGAUUUAGUAUGCAUUGUAUUACAAAAUAUUUUGAAGCAUUUUAUUCUCUGUAUUUUUCUAUUUGAUGGUCAAAAUACAUAUUGAUUUCCAUUUCUAAAUUGUAUCUUCUUUGCAUUUCUGUAUUCAGUGUUAAAUAACUACUUUUAAUUUUCAAUGAAUCUAUUUUUUAGUAUCUCUCUUGGACAUUGUCUGACCAAGUGCACAUAUUAGAACCUAAUUAAUGAUAGUUACUUGCUAUUGUAACUUAAAACAUGUUUCACACUACCUUAGAGUUCACUUUCUACUUGUAUAUACCAGAAUAUCACGAACAAGUUUUGUACAACCAUUUAAUUCAUCGAGAUUAAUAUCUAACAGAACAAUCUUAUCUGUCUUUUUACAAACACAACAUGUUCUGCAGAUGCUGCAAUCUUCCUCACAUUUAUUCUCCUCCCAUCCACCUUUCCCCUCACCUGGUUUAACCUAUCAUCCAGCCAGCUUGUACUCCUUACCUCCUCCCUCCCCCAACAUUUAUUCUGGCUUGUUCCCCCUUCCUUCCGAGUCCUAAUGAAUGGUUUCAACAAAAACAUUGACUGUUUAUUCUCCUCAAUAGAUGCAGCGUGACAUGCUGAGUUCCUCCGACAUUUUGUCUGUCAUCUGUCUCUUUGCCCAGUGAACUUGUGAGAAGUAUCAUGGUGUUAGUUUAUUUUUAAAGAAAAUGAGGGCAUUGCUCUAUACAAGGCAUUGCAGAUAGUUUUAUAGUGUUAUAAGUGAUGAACAGACCUGAUGGACAAUGGGGUGAAGAGUUAACCAUUCCCAACCCCGCCUCCUGAGAACUACGAACUAUUACUGUUGCUAUGCUGACCAUGAGAGACAGAUAAAGCCCAGGCAAGAACAUAUGCUACAGAUAAAAGGGGGAGAGAGUUGAUGUUACUGUAUUAUGACUUCUGCAAGGGUUAUUUAUCUUCUACUAUUUUGCUCAUAAACAUUCCUCAGUGGACUGAAGGAGUGGCCUUAUUUAAUGGACACAGUCAUUCAGGAGUGAUGGAUAGCUGAGACCCCUGAGUGGGGAUAAAAGACAGGUCUGGAGAGACACCCUUCAGACACACCAGUGGACACUGAUUGAGUGUUGGAACCCACAAGAAAGGUGGGGGCUUCGAAGACCGAAUCAGGAGAUCGGUCAGUAAAGCUCACAGUGUUAAAGCAGGGCCGGUGGGGACUUGUGUGUGUGUCCACUCAUGUCAGAGUGACGAGUCCACCACAGAAGAACGGUCUAGCUGAAGGACGGAGAGGUCAGAACUGAAUGUCCACACCGAUACGACGGAUUAAGAAAGCAAAGGAAGGUUUGCCUGACUGUAGCUGUUACAUCUCGCUCGCUCUCUCUCUCCAACGAUUACAAUACAACAACCAUAACUACAUCAGCACUCAUGAACUGAACUUUAUAUUUUUCUAUGACAAUUUAUUUACCCCUAGACAUCGAUAGAGCUUGUUUAUUAUUGAUUAUUAUUAUUCCUACACUUUCAGGUUUAUUACUGAUAACUUGUUUUAUAUGUAUAUUUGCAUUAUUGGUAUGGUUUUUGCUUAUUUUUAUUAAUAAACACCUUUAGUUUGGUA